CGAUCCAAGGGACUCCCAUCCCGCCGGCCGCCGCCUGCCUGUCUUACCGAGCCCCCCGCUAUCCUAGGCUUUGAUCUUGCGUGGACUGCUAGUAUCCCCGACUGGCUUUACCGCACCACACUACGUAUUCGUUCAAAGCUCCGUCUCGAGGAGCCCCUGUCGAUCCUCCACCUGCGCACAAACAUCUACGAGAUCUAUUAGGCGGGGAAUACACACGGACGGGCAUCGGCCUAUCUUUGCGCAACCUUAUCUUGUGCAGCUUGCAAUGCUAUAUAGCAGAUCACGUCGGAUUGAGAAACCAAAUCUACUUUGAAAUUGGCAGUCAUGUCUACAGAGGAUCCUUUCGCCUUCAUUGCUAGCGAGCCCGCUGGCGAGCAGAAACAGGCGCCUAAGAAGCCACACUGGAGGGAGAAACUGUUCUCGAAAGAGAAGAGGAGUAAGGGAUCGACAGCUACAGACCAGCAGAUCGAGGCGUUCCUCGGGCCUACUCGUUCUAAAUCCGUAACCUACGGAGGGAGCGUGAAUUCGCCUCCUCGUCUGGACCCCGGUCAUCGAUGGCCAUCUGCCCAGGAUGUCAUCAAUGCGCAUGCGCCCCCUCCUGUGGACUUUACGAAGCCUCCCUUCAAGAGCCGUCGGAAAGGGUUGAAAGUGAAGUUCUCUAAUCGGACACCCGACGUAAUCGGAGAAGGGGGUGAUGAUCUCGAGACGCCGACGAUGGAAAUCUCGUUAUGUCGCAAUCGCGCGCAAAGCCAGGGCUCGGAUGAGCGGGUUGAUCUUACUCACGCCGAGCCUAAGCUUCCUCAGCUGCACCUCAAUACGUCAUUUGGUGAUAACAAUGGACACUCGUCUCGGGGAAGCCGGCAGCAGAGUAACGCGCAAAAAGGAAUGAAUGCAGAAGACUGGAAGCCGCUACUUUUACAAAGCUCCCAGGAUGCUGACUUCCUCAUGACGCUGAAUUUAGGUGAUAAGGGCUCCCGCCUGUCAUUCCGUGCCUCUCCCGAGUCUAAUUCAUUCGCUCAACGAAUCCGGGACAGGAUGCAAGCCGAGGAGGGCCGUGCUUUGCACCAUCGGAUGCAGGACCCUCCGUCUCCUGCUGAUGACAUGGGCGCUGAAACUCCCGUGGAGAAAGUUCCCGAUAGCCCCAGCUCGAUGUAUGAGACGCCUCCGAUUUCCGAAACAGAUUCAAUUCCGCCAGAAAAUCCAUUUCGAGGGCCCCCGCUGCCUCAAAUCAGACGCAGUCCCGAGCCAGAAACCCCCGUCAUUCCGCCGGUUCUCUCGCCUGGUGGAUAUAGCCAGAGCCUUUCUCCACCAAAAGGCCUGCCUAUCAUCAAUGGUCCUCAGCCUGACGGUUCUAGCCGUCCGUCUAGUAGGGAGAGCCGCGACACAUCCCGGAGUCCUAACCCCCCGCCUACUAGGGACGCCUGUGGUCCCCCCAAAAUAUCAUUGCGGUCUAUUGCCAAUCAAAUUGGGAACACUGCGUUUGCAGAUUUGAAAGUGUACCUGACACAAUUCAGAGACCAAAUUCAAGCGUCGGCUGAAAGUGUGGAUCCAGUGGGCAUCUCCCUUGCCGAGUGGACGAGGGUUGCGGUGUGGUGGUUCCUGCGUGGAAAGAAACGGCUUGAGGCGUACGCACGGUCUCGUCCUCCCAGCUCCGAGGCGCGGUCACCUCAACAAAGUUCCACAGAAAACGCAAAACAAGCUAUAGUUGAUCUGGGCAAAGCACUGUGGAUCAACGAACAGAUUGUCCCCAAACAUGAUGAGGUUACUCGCUAUGGAGCAAUGGGUACGGAUGCAGUGCUUGCAGUAGCAAGUACGACUGGCAACACGCAAUUAGCCGAUCUGCUUAGCCUACAUCAGACUAUCAUGAACAUUUUACGGUCCCUAGCUAUGUCUAUAAAGCGGAACAGCAUUCUGAUGACCAUCUCCUCCCAAGGCGAUUCGCCAAUUCCGGUUGAUAUCAGUGUAUGGGUGCAAUAUCCAGCUUUCGCUGCAGAUGUCGCUGCGGUCCUCUCCGGUGCAUCAACGAGGUCGCUUUUCGCAGACAAGUCCGGGAAAGGCCACACGUUCGUGCAAAUGAUGCCGCUAAGCGAUACGAAUCGCUACUUUAGUUACGGAAGCAUGUUUGUGGACGUUCUUAUCAGCUCCCCUGAAGAUGACGCGGAGCAAAUCCCGAUACCUUGCGCCUUGUCCAUAGUUCGUGAUCGUGCAGACUGGUAUGUCUUCGCAGCCAUCUCGAGCCAAAGUGAAUUGGUCAAUGUCGUGAUCCAGUCGGAUAGGAAAAAGGGUCCAACAUGGGAGAGCGUGGAAUGGCAAAUCCGGUCGCACUCUAUGCGGGUCCAAAUGCCGCGUGGCUUCGAACUGGAGGUCACGUUCCAAGAGGAGGACUUCAAGAACAUCUGGAACAUUGUUCAGUAUACCCGCAAGACCGAAGCUGGUCUUCAGCCUGAGUCGGGUGAAACAGUAGUCUAUGAAACUACUUUGAAGUCAUUUCACUACAUGGAUCCCAGCGCCUCCAAGGCAUUUCCUGCCGACCCUGUUGAACGGUGUCGUCUUCGGCUGUUUGAGAGGUCAAAGACCAUGACCGAGGGUGCUGGCACUAGAAGCCAGCACCAGGGCUUCCGUCUGGCGGUGCUGACGAGUCCCGCAGUCAAAACCCUCAGCAGCGUACGUCACAUUAUUGGGCAUGGAGCGCCAAUUGUUUUCGGUCUGCUACGGGGUGAAGACGGCGCACCGGCGCUUCUACUAAAGGUCAAGGAGGAUGGAAAACCUCGCUCGAUGCUGAUGACAUUUCACGAUCCCGAGGAGCGCACUACCAUCCAUUCUCUGCUUCUAGGAAUCUUGCCUACGUCGAGAGAAGUCAAAUCCCCUGGAAUCCCCAUCCGGGCCUACACCAUUGAACAGCCAGCGGAUCGUGUGAAUGGGGUACCAGCCAAGGAGCAUCUUCUCUUCCCCGCCGGGACUGUCUCGAUUAUUGACCAGGAGCACACACGUGUCGAUCAUGGCUAUGGCCAGACUGUUCUAUCUGAUCACCUGCGGGCUUUCAUUGCAACGGAAUGGGGCUCUGUUACGGACCGAAUCAACCUAGGACCCGGUGACUUGAAGCUAGGCCUUGAGAUCAACAAUCGGACCGGACUUAGUCUGUAUCGACCUGGGCAGAAAGAUCUUACGGUCUCCGUGGCUGAGAAUCUGGUCCUCCCGGAGAUGCCUGAUAAAUUAUCAGAAUUCUUGCAAACAGCCAUGGUGAAGCCUAUGAUCCGACGUUUCGACUUUGCAACAGUACAAGAUCUUCAUAUGUUCCAACGUGCUGUCACGGGAUUCAAGGUACUCUUCGACAGUGUUGCUUCUUCUUUUUCGAUUUCUCGCCGCCGUAUGGUGGUCCCGAUCACCAAGAAGUGGGAGUCGAGUCUGGCCAGAAUCCAGGUCAUCAAGCGCGAGAGAGUGGUCCAGCUCGUGGCAUUCUUGAACGACUUCCACCACGGACGGUGUUUGAACUUCGUCCUCAAAGGGACCGACACCCUGGAGAGUUUCGGUAAAUCCGGCAAGUUUGGGGUCCGGAUUGUGGACGCCAAGUUCGCCCUGCCCAAGACGGACGAUGAUCCUUCGUCGCAGUUCGUGUCCCUGGACACGCCGGAGUAUCCGAUGGAGCACGACGACAUCUCCAUUGCCUUCGACUCCGAGGCAGAUCGGACUAAGUUCCAAGCCUCCGUGCCAGGAUCCGUCCGUGAGCCGUCGAGGAUGAGCUCACUCCGCCGGUAAACCGCAUCAGCAAGUCGAUAAAGAGGCACCGAGUCUUCCUUUGGCCCCAUCCUUCUGUCCUCGCCCAUCUCAUCCGAACAUCACGCAAUCCUCGGUCCGCGUCACGUGCCACGAGCUGCCGUCCUUCCUUCCUUUCCCCACUCGGCUGUCUCCAGCCUCCGACCUUCCCGCAACUCCCCUCCUGUCCAUUGCCCAUUACCGCCAUGGCACCCGCCAAUCGAGAGAUGGGCACCUCCACGCGUGCUUUGCAUGCCGACGACGCAUUGAAUCUCGUGGCGGAUGUGGCUCCUCCGCUUCACGUGGCCACGACUUUCCGGUAUUCCGACAACCCCGAUGAUCUGGUGCCUCUGGCCGAUAUUACCAACGUAUGUUCCCGUCAUUGGGCUUUGAACUUGGUGGUUGAUGCUGACUGCGAUGCGAUGUGCAGAGUGACCCAAACAAGACGAAACACAUCUACUCUCG